AUGCCAAAUACUUCAAGUUAUGUUCCUCUUAUGAGCUGGUAUUAUAUGGGAAUAAUUGGAACUUGCGUUUUUGGCACUUUAAUUGCUACUUUUGUACUUUUUAUUCAUUCCCGAAAGUCAUUAAUGCAAUUACCACCUUCUGGAGUCCUCAAUUACUUCCUUCUACGUCGCUGGCUUUGGAGAUUCAUACUUGAACCCCCUUCCGAUUUGAAAGAAAUAUGGGCUGAAUAUGGAUUGAUUAACAGCAACGUUGAUGAAGAUGGGGGAGAAAAGGCUGUGGAGAAAUCAAGAGAAGAAAAACAAUUUUCUUUGCCCAAAGGAAAACUUGCCGCCCGUGAAAGUUUUACCCAAACAAAACAAUUGGUUUCUGCCACAAAACAAAUUGCCCAAACUGCAAGUAGAACUGUGGGGAGGGAAAGGAGGAGAAGGGAAACAAUUGAUGAGGCUGCUGAUUUUCUUUCAAAGGGAGUUUUUGGCCACCGAAAAGCAGAAUUCCACAGAUUACAAAAAGAAAUAAGAAAGGGAAGUCGAAUAUGGGUUGCUGGAGGUGGCCGUCCAAGCUUGAGAUUUAUGAAAAGGCAGAAGAUGAUGAGAAGGUGUGCCUUGGAAUGGGAAUUUUUGGCCAAUUGUAUAGAUCGCUGUCUUUUGGCCUUUUUUGCUUGUAUGACGGCCUUUUUCUUUUCAUUAUUAGCCUUUUAUGAAAGAUGGAUAGAAUUGGGAUUACAUUUUGGGUGAAAAAAACUAAUUGAGAUUUUUUAAUUUUAGUAG